CAAAUGUCAACGUCAACGACCUAUUUAUUUAUCAUUUUUCAUUUUUUCCUAGGCUAGGGGGUAGCAGUUGAAAAGAGCAUUGCAUGUUAAUAAAAUGUCGGGAGAAAAAGCCAAAGAGGAAAUUCUGCCGGCGGAAAAAUCCGAAAACGACACCAAAGUGGACGGUAACGUGAUCAAUCAGGUUCAGCAAAGCAAAAGUGCAAAGAAACGUAAUCGUAACAAGAAAACUGUAAUGAAAAACGGAGAAUCGACAGCUCAAGAUGAAUUACAAAGUGGAGAACAGGUGGAAGAUGCCGCUCUCAUCAACUCCCUGUCCAACCCGUUGAAUUCGAUAUCGAUGAAUGAACUCAAGGCAGCCAUGGAGCUCUAUACACUUUCGCAAAAGCCUGCAAAGACACCUGAAGAGGCUUUGAAAAAGUCUUAUCAAUUUUGGAACACUCAACCUGUUCCUAGAAUGGAUGAAAAGGUAACUGUAAACGAAGCCAUCGAACCUGACCGUGAAUUGAACGAAAUCCGACAAGAACCCUAUUCUCUACCAGACGGUUUCAAAUGGGACACUUUACUUUUGGACGAUCCCUUAAUUUUAACAGAACUUUACACGUUAUUGAACGAAAAUUACGUAGAAGACGACGAUUCAAUGUUCCGCUUCGAUUACCAGCCGGAAUUUUUGAAAUGGGCCUUGCAACCUCCCGGCUGGAGAAAAGAGUGGCACUGCGGCGUUCGGGUGGUUAAAAGUGGUCGAUUAGUGGGUUUCAUUUCUGCCAUUCCUGCCAUUCUCAACAUUUACCAAAAGCGACAAAAUAUGGUAGAAAUUAAUUUUCUAUGCGUUCACAAAAAGCUGCGCGCGAAGCGCGUAGCUCCUGUAUUAAUUAGAGAAAUUACACGUCGGGUGAAUUUAACCGGCAUUUUCCAGGCUGUGUACACUGCUGGCAUUGUAUUACCCAAGCCUGUUUCCACUUGCACCUACUGGCAUAGGUCACUGAAUCCAAAGAAACUCAUCGAUAUCAAGUUUUCUCAUUUGUCUCGCAAUAUGACGAUGCAAAGGACUUUGAAAUUGUAUAAACUGCCCGACAAUCCUAAAACUCCAGGGUUUAGGAAAAUGAAAGCUGAGGAUGUAAAUGGAGCACACCAAUUAUUAAAUGAGUAUCUGAGCCGAUUCGAUUUAGCGCCAUAUUUCACCAAAGAAGAGUUUGUACACUGGUUCCUGCCCCGUCCAAACAUCAUUGAGAGUUUUGUUGUCGAAACCAAUGGAAAAAUUACCGAUUUUGUCAGCUAUUACACGUUACCCAGCAGCGUGAUGCACCAUCCUGUGCACAAAACAUUAAAGGCAGCCUAUAGUUUUUACAACGUCAGCACUACAACUAAUUGGGUAUCCCUAAUGCAAGAUGCCCUUAUAUCUGCUAAACAGCUAAAUUUCGAUGUGUUCAACGCCCUAGAUUUGAUGGACAAUGGGGAAUUUCUGGAACAAUUGAAAUUUGGUAUCGGCGAUGGUAAACUACAGUACUACCUCUACAAUUGGAAAUGUCCAUCGAUGACCGCCAAUCAAGUUGGUCUUGUUUUGCAAUAAUAAGUUUUAACGGAAAUAAUUGACCAAAUAUUGGACCGGUAUAUUUGAUUACGGGGCCUGACAUAGUGGUGCGAUGUAAUUCACUUUAUAUAUUUUGAUUGGACACUGCUGCGUUUUUGAUUUAUGUAUGAUUAUUAUAUGUAUUAAAACUGAAGGCAUUAUUAAAUAGUAAAAUAUUGAUUGUUGAGGAGGAAAAUUAGUAAUUAUUACGUAAUUGAUUCAGUUUAAUAAACAAUUUACCAAUAA